AUGUCUCGGACACUCACGGCGGAUACGGGGCAACGCGACCAGCCUCGGCACAGGUGCACGUGGCAGCAUGCGGUCUGGCUGCUUCGCCAACAUGCCUCCACCCCAGCUGAUGCUUCGCAGUACAGCUCUGCUGUCAACGUCUGCAGCAAGGCAUCUUGUUGGCAACAGGCUCUCUUGGUCUUCAGCGAGAUGUCGCAGCGCGGACUCCAGCUCACAACAGUGACCUACAAUGCGACCAUCGAUGCCUGCGGCAGGGCCAAGCGGUGGCAAGCGGCUGUCUCGCUGUUUGCAGCUCUCCAGUGCGGCAAGGUUCAGGCCAGCAUCGUCUCUUACAGCACUCUGGUGAGCGCCUGUGGGCGUGCGGGCGCAUGGGGGGUGGCGCUCGGCAUCUUGGAGGAGGCAGAGACCUCAUCGACGGCCCCGAAUGUGAUUACCUACAAUGCGGCAGCCAGCGCUCUUGAGAAGGCCGGGGAGUGGCAGCUCGCGGUGCAGCUACUGGGUCGUAUGGAAGGGGGAGGUCUGCAGGGCGACGAAAUCACCAUGAAAUCGGUCAUGGGCGCGUGCGCCCGGGCCGGCGAAUGGGAGCUGGCGCUGUUCUUCUUCGCGAGCCUCGAUUCGCGGGGCCUGCGGCCCAAUGCCUUCCACUACACCACGGCGGUCCAGGCGUGCGCGACGGCCGCAGCAUGGACCAGAGCUUUGGCAAUCUUCGAGGCUGUCACCUCCCAGCUGCCACCGGCUUCUGGGACUUACUCCGCUGCUAUCACGGCGUGCGGACGGGCCGAGAAGUGGGAGAUGGCGCUGUGCCUGUUCAGGGAAGCCCAGCUUCAUGUGGAGGCCUCCCAGGUCAUCGCCAAUGCGGCGAUCGGCGCUUGCAGCCGAGGUCAGCAGUGGCAGCAAGCCGUGUCCGUGCUGGCCGGCAUGGCAGGGGACGCGCUUGUGACGGACAUCAUCAGCUACAACGCUUGCAUCAGCUCCUGUGAGGGCAGCCAACACUGGCAGCGGGUCCUGGACCUUCUGCAUGCAGCUCGGGCUCAGACGCUGCGGCCGACGGCAAGCACCUACAGCGCAGGAGUGACGGUGUGCGGGGCUGCAUCUCGCUGGGUGGAGGCGCUGUUACUGCUGCAGGCGAGCCUCGUCGUCUUCAACGCCGCGGUCGCCGCUUUGGGACGCGCAGCGGCCUGGUCCCAGGCGCUGUCUUUGCUUCACCAUGCGGCGAGUCACCUCGAGGUGGACGUAAUCACAUAUAAUGCCGCCGUCACGGCCUGCGAGGGCGCGGCGGAGUGGCAGCAGGAUGUGAUUUCCUACAAUGCAGCCAUGAGUGCCUGCGAGAAGGCCGAGGAAGUGGGACGCAUUGCAGCCUUGAGUUCGCCCAAUGUGGAUGAGGAGGAGGCGAGCGAGGACAAGGCCCAGUUCAACGAAGCUGAAGCUGUUGCAGACGACAUUUCGCGGACGGCGUGCCAUCGUGUGCAAAUCGACUACAGCGAUGGGUGGGGUGAAGAGGUGAGGCGCUUCAUGCAAGGCAAGUCUGAAGACUCUGUUUUGGUUCACGAUCGGCAUGGUCAAGCCAGAAGCAUCUUUGCUGCCAGUGACGACAUUCCCGGUGAACCCGACUUUCCCCUCACUUUGGUGUACACACAGGCAUGGAGGGCGCGGUAUUCGAUAGCUUCGUCAGCAGACGACAUGGAGGAUGGUGGGCAAGCACAGAAAGAUCUACGUCUCAAGCUCGACUACUUCAAGGGCAUGGUGGCCAUGUACGAGGAUGUGAAGUAUGUGGUCAGGCGCAAAGACGUGGACAUAGACAGGACUUACAGAAAGCUUUCCUCCAACGGUAAGAUUUUGGCUGACUCGGUGUAUGAGAAGAUGACUCGACUUCUCGACCACGUGGAGGCACAGAUCUACCGAGUCCUUGGGAUCGAGGACUCAUGGUUUGGUGUGCAAAUUCUUCAAACCAAACGGUGGCUUCUCGAACAUCCGAUCAAAACAGUGUCUGGUAUCGGUACGCUUACCGCGGUUGUCUCCGGCGCUCUUGGCCUUCUCUGCCACUUGGGGCAUCAUAUCUUCUUCGAUGCCCACUUGGUGUCGGCACCUUUGAGUCUCCCUGCGAUGUUCGGAACAGGUGCCGUUAUGGGUUUCGCAGCGGGAUGUCUCAUCGCUCUGGGCUUGUACUUCCUUCUGACAACAGACUGCUUUGAGUUCCUCACAGACACGUCCAAAAGCGAGAUUGACCGAAUCAGUUCAGUCGUGGACACUAUGAUGGGGCUCUCAGACGAGCAGUUCGUGAAGUGCCUCGACGACUUGAUGGAGAGUUGUGCCAACUUGUCGCAGGCAGUUCCUCAUCACGAAGAUCGGCACUGUUGUGUGUGCCUAGAGAGUGGUCUCUCUGUCACAGCGCCAGUCAAGGCUCCACGGUGCAAAGGUUCCCAUUUCAUGUGCAAGUCGCACUGGAAGGAUUACGCUAGCAGCAUCUACGGCAAGAACAACAUCUGUCCGCAGUGCCGUGUGUGA